AUGAAACAGUCAUUUCGCCAAUCUAUGGCAUUUACAAGUUAUUCAGAUAAAACGUAUUAUAUUUAUUCAAUAAUUUAGGUUGAAGAAUCGAUCAAUGUAGUCGUGAUGAGAAAUGCUAUGUAAAUACCUUCUAUGUACAGAGUCAGAACUUAUGAUAUCAAAGGAUCUGAACACUCAAGAUAAGUCUUAAAGAAAAACAAAAAAACCAAUGAUAUUGAAUUAAAGAAAAUUACGUUAAAAGACAUUGAUUUCCAGAAUUUAGAAUAAUAACUGCAUAUACCUUAACAAUAUAGAGAAAGAUUGAGAAAAUGUUUAAUUAAUGACGCAAACUUUUUUAGCAGAAUCAAGUUGAUGGAUUAUUCCCUCCUGAUUAUUAAAAUGGAUUGGUAUUCAUAUAGCUGGCAUAACCCACAUAUUAAAGAAGCAGAUAUUCCUAAUUAUUUCUCAUCUGAUCUGUUAUGUAUACCAUGCAUAAAUGCGGUUGAAAAAGGAAUUUUUAUCACAUUAGCCAUAAUUGAUUAUUUACAAGAGUGGAAUGCAUAAAAAAUCAUCGAAAAGCACACUAAAAAGGCUAUUCAUGUAAAUAUUGCCUUAAAUACUUCUGCUCAAAAUCCAGAUGAUUAUGCUAAAAGAUUUAUAGAAAAAGUUGCAAAUGUAAUUAUAUGA